CCCUAUCACAGGCUGAGGCUCCGGACGAGAUGCUCCGGUUGUCAUUUCAGAUACCCGCUCUGGAGGCGGUGUUAUUGCUGCAUUAACAUUCCGAAACGGUCAAAGUGGAUUUUUUCGAUGCUACAAUUCUCACCAUGUGCCACGUCCACGGUCAUCCACAGCUACCUGAACAGCUAUACAUAUAGCGCUUCUCGACCCUCCGUCCUCCGUCUUGCAAUCACUAAUCUCAGACAGCAAGCCCUCUCAACGCCUCCAUAUCCGUAAUGGCGUCCAAUGCUCUGGGCCCCACCUACGGCGCUAUCCUGCUUGCGGUCAUCAUUGCUGCAAGUUUCUACGGAAUGACGGUUUUGCAGAUUGUGUAUUACUUUCAACGGUACCAAAGCGACAGCCGGACUCUGAAGCUCUAUGCUCUCCUCUUAUGGUGCCUGGACACUAUGUCUAUCAUUCUCGAGAUUCAUGCUGUUUAUUGGUACCUCAUCAUGAAUUUUGAGGACCCAGCUGCCGGUGCGAUUGGGGUCUGGAGCAUUAUGCUCGAAAGUGGCUUCGCAUAUGCUACAAUAUUUGUCGCUCAAUUGUACGCCACAGUCACGCUCUACGCUGCCCUGAUCGUUGGCUCAAAGGUCCAACAGGUUCUUCAUAACCCGCAUCCACAUGAUCAGCAAACAAUUACCGCCUUCCGUAGCUAUCAUGCUUCCCAUUGCUAUUGGAGUGUUCUCUCUAGGCGCUGUUGGCACAGGUCUAGCCACAACCGGUGUGAUGUAAUCGCGCACAGGGCUCUUCGCUUGCGAGACACGCUACUAACGUCUUAUCUUAGUUUCCGAACUCCCACGCGCUGGAGUGUGAGCAGUGGAUGGUUCGGGGCACUGUGCACUGCAAACAAGGUUCUGGAGAUGAUUGCUGACGUCUCCAUCACCUUAUCACUGUGGACGUUGUUGCGCCGACAGAAGGGGAAUUCGAGGCAAACGGACUCUCUCCUCAAUCGGCUCAUCAUAUUCGCAAUCAACAGAGGUGUCUUUGCAGCGUAUGCCUUCUUCUUCUCCAUACCGGUAGCAAAUACCCACUCGGUUUACUCCAGAGCCUUGCAAACUGUGUAUCUCGUUACCUACCUCGCAUUACCGAAGGCGGCCGUAUGGGUCGUCUUUCACGCGGCGGUUUCGAAGGUCUACACGAACUCGGUUUUAGCUACGCUCAACAGUCGAGACAUUAUGCGAGGUAUCGCACAGGGAUCCGAUCACAACCACAUUUCCUUGUCCGCGCUCCAGGUGCGUCAUCCAGAAGAGAGCGGUGAUCAUGUCUUUGACUUCUCGCGUGGAAUUCGGGUCGACAAGGAGGUGGAUAGUAUGCCGACCGACUUCACGGAAGCGACGGUUUCGCAGACAGUCCAGUGCCUACCCGGUGACGAGCACGGAUCUAACCUGCUUCGCGGGAUAGCAGGUGCAAAGCAUACAGGGCUACGGGAGAUGGAGUCACGGUAGUCUGGGACUCGUCAUUUUCUUCCAGACCCCCAUGCCCGCAUAUCUAGAGCCCCGUCUUGCUGCCUGCUUUGGCGAUGUAUAUGACUCAGACAAUUAGACAUCGCCUCCUCCGAAAGGCUUGCAUGCAAGGAUUGU